UCGCGUUAUGUCGUUGUCAGGGUGAGUCUUCUGUGGACUUGAAUAUGGACUGUUUAUUGUACUUCUACUGACACUGGGUGAAGGUUCGACUCGGCGUAUAUACCAUGGGGCUACGAAGCACCGGACUUUCCGUCUCUGUCGUGGCCGACGACGUCGCGCAUGGACACAAAGUACUACCUCUAUUAUCGGCAGGACAUCUGGAAGUUUACAUGUCUGUGGACGAUCAUUAUCUAUGAAGCCGUGCAUUUUGUUGCGGGUUCGUGGGUGGUCUUGAUGAAUAGGAGAUUAAAGUCGCUGGUCAUUCUGGCGAUCUACAUGUUUAUCGGCGGCGUGGGCGCCGUCAUCAGUGGCAGUAUAGUUGGUGCAAUUCUUGGACUUAUCUACAGUGCGGGAUCGCUGCAGAUGUCGACAUGGAUUCCUUUCGUGUGGGCGGUCGUGCAAGUUCUGACGUUGAUUAUGACUUCUUAUUCCAUGACCGCGUCGGUGAUGUGACGCUGCUCUAUCUUUCUUCUUGUUGUUGCAUUUGGGCGUGGGUGUGUUUUUGAGAUGUACAUUACUAUGGGCUCCGGGCGUUGGUUGUCGUUAUUCAAAUUGAUCCUCAG